CGGAGCAAACUCGGAUCGUAUUCGUCAUAUCUCUAAUAAAGAAGAGAAAUUUUAUAAUAAUAAUCGUUGUUUGGAUGCUGUAAUCCAAAGUUGCUUAAAAAUUAGCUAUUGCUGUUUUCAACCAGUGUGUUGUCUGUGUAAAUGUGAAGUUGUGGUAUGAAUUAACAAAUGUGAAAAAAGUGAUGUUCAAUCGUGUAGUUAAGUUUCGCAAAAAGAUUUCAUAAGCUGACCACUCCAUUAUUGGCACAUUCACGAUCACACAAUAGAUUGCAGUCGGGCAGAGAACAAUAGUCUUACACUGUUGUAAUCCGCACCCUUUGGCACUGUCAUAGCUGAAUAUUACGGGAUCCGAUGGAAUAGCGGAGAAAAAUCGAUUUUUUGCUGUGUGUCAUUGAGGCAGUUAGACCUUUCCUUUUUCACGUUUUAUUAUCGACUACCGAGGUUGUUUGUGGCGAGAGUGCAAGGUCUUCGGAAAUGGUUCCACUUUGUAAUAAAUAAUCCAUUUUUGUUGUAGCUGGUUUGCGUGUGAAGAAUGUCACGGGGCCAAUAAAAAUUAAUCCACAAGUUUGGCUAAUUGAAUGUGUGUCUGUGUAUGGUCCAAAUACCGUGUAAGAAGAGAGUAACAAAGUCAGGUUAAAAUGCUUGUAUGUUCGGCGGCCACUCCGUUAUGUAGAAACGAAAAGAAGCUAGCAAGUGUAAAAAUUCAGGCAAAGAAACAUCAGCCUGCUGUCGUAUGUUUGGAACUAGUGUAAAGAAGAGAAGAAAAAAGCAUCAGCUAGCGCCAGUGUGCUUUGCAUGAGAUCCCGCUGAAUCGACCAACCGACCGCAUAUUAAGUAGAUCAGCAGAGUGAAACUAAAAAUUCGUCCAGGAAAUGGCCCUUUCCUCCGAUCCAUACGAGCAGAGGCUGUAUCAUAUGUUUCAGGCACACGAUGUCACGUCCUGCGGUAGAUUGGACCGGGAAGCACUGUUGAAACUAUGUCUGACACUAGAAUUGAAGGAACGUGGCCAACUGCUGGUCAAAUGUUUACUCAACGAGGAAAAGAUUCGUGUUACAUUCAAAGAGUUUCGAGAGGGGCUACUGCACAUUCUCGGCGAAGAAGAGCAUGCAGGUCAGCGGCAGAAACCAGGAUCCGCAGCGGAUCAGUUAGAUUCAUCUGACGGCCAGAAUGUGUCAACAGGUUCACCCACGGCUGUAUCACCGAGCACCGCCUUCUCCAGCGGCAGCAAUAGCAGCUCGGUCUCAGCGGGUAGCAUAAUUUCCAACACAUCGAAACAUCCUCAUCACCCUCAUUUUACCUAUCAACGCCAGGCAGAAGGCAAAGAUGCUCAUCGAGGAGAGAGCAAAUCAGUCGGUAGAGUUGUCACCAACAAAAUCAGUAGUAUAGUGCCAUCCUGCAGUGAGCAAGACAUCGUAACGACAACACCAACUACUACUAGUUCCACAAAUCCGAUAACAACCGCAUCAGAUAACGAGAAUGAGUCAUCCGAUCGGGAAGUAUCACCAAAGUUCAUAGUGGGAACCAAAAAGUAUGGUCGCCGAUCACGCCCUCGGGAUGAUAUCAACGGAUUGGAUACAUCGUCUGAUUUGAGUAAUUCGGAUAACGAGUCUGUUCCCCCCUCGCAGCAGAGAAACCCGAACGGCAACAACAAAAACUCCUCGAAAGUGCAGCGAUCUGUAUCGCAAAGUGACAUCCACGGCACGAAACGACGUCGACCGAUGAGUGGAGCUAGGCUCAAACGUUGCGUUUCACUACCGACACACCGCCAGCGACCGGAUGUUGCCCAGAGCAAAUUGAACGCCAAAGCCGUUCGAGAACAGUUCACUAUGGACGAUAAAAUCGACAAAAAGAUUUACUUCCUCAGGUUGUCGGAAAAUUUGCGCGACAUUUGGGAUUCUCUGGUCGGUGGUGGUCAUGGUGCAUUAUUGAAUCAAUCCCAGCUUGAGGUCGUUUGUGAACGGGUUGGCCUGCAGAAGCUUCCAGCCAAGCUGGCCGCCCAGGAAGUGUUUUCCAAGCUGUCUUUACAAUCCAUCGAGGGAAUCAGUUUCGAAGAGUUUAUUGCGCUGCUGCAAAGUGACACGGAUAUCCUUCCGAUCGGUGACGGGGGUAUGGAUGGUGUCGGUGGAAGUACGAAUAAAGUUAUUACCGAAAAUAAGUGUGCUGUCGCAACGCGACUGUUCGACGAGAGUGACACUUUCAAGGCUCAGGAACUGGAUCGCGACAGUGUGGAAGAGACGGUCGGAUUCAGCGUGCAAAUGCCAGAUUGGACCGCGGAGAUCGGGUCUCUCUCGUCGGCUAUUAUAGUUGAUAUGUGGGAGUCGGCUGGUAUCGUAGAUGCGAGGAAUUUGCUUCAGGAUCUCGGCUUCUACGACGAGGAAAUUCAAGUGACAAAUUUGAUUACUGCGUUGGAGGACGAACAGCAGCGGUUGGGCGACAGCAACGAAACGUAUGUUAUUGUGAAGGCCUCUCUCGCGCUACACAAAGCCGAAGUUGGCGCUUUGCGGCAGGCCUUCGUUCAACUGGUGGAGGAAAACAAAAAACUCUACGCAGAUAACAAGGAGGUUAACCAGCGGGCUCUGCUGAUCGCACAGGAAGUGGACGAACGGCACAAUUCGUUGGAAGCCGCCACAAGGAAUAAAAUCCGUAUGUUGGAGCAGCGUCACAAUGAAACGAUCAAGGAACUGUCUUCUCAGCUGGCACAUGAACGAGAGCAGCUGUCAAGCGUCAGCACGGGCAUGGAGAAGCGUAUCCGCGCUCUGGAAACGGAGGAAGCUAAACAGAAGGCCGAGAUCGGUCGACUGACAGCGGAAAACAAAAGCUUACAAGUUGAGCAAGAUAAUCUGACUAAGGAGCUGACAGAUAUGCUUGAUAAGAAUAUUAAGCUGAAUAAUCAUAUGGCUGAAUUGGUAGAGAAUAAUCGAAAUGAUUUCGAUGACGGAAUCGGUGGAAAGGAUGAUCCGGAAGUAUUAGAGCUAAGUAAUAAGAUUUCACUGUUGAGGCUUGAGAAUAAGGAUUUGAAAGAUAAGAACGAUGAGUUGAGUGCUGAAAUUGAAUCAUUAAACUUCGAGUUGACCAAAUUUAAGUUGAAGAGGAGUAGUGUUAACAGGACCAGCACACUGGAAAUGUCUCCGGUGGUGCUGGAUACGACCGGGUGUGUCGAGGAAAAUGCAAGUGCAGCUAGGAAGCGGCAAGGUGAUUCACCCAGUAAAGCGCGACUCUCUGACGAAAGUCCACGCCUUGGCAAAUUCCGCAAGUGCAGCAAUGAUUUGGAAAAUGAGUCGGACUCGAGCGGAGACUGGAUGGCCCUCCAAUCUGAGUUGGGUAUACAAGAUGAUAGUGCAAUAGCAUCCUGCGGUAUUUCGCAGGAUUACUCCAACAUUAAUGAAUCCACCUCUAAUGAUAAGGAAAUACGAAAGCUGAAGGCGAAGAUUGCUGAAUUGGAGAAGAGAUUGGAGGAAAGAAGUGCUUCUACUAGCGAACAGAUUGAAAGUGGAAGCCAGGGUGCUCCGGCGGAUCAGGAUUUAACAGAGCAUGGUAAAUUGAAGGCUCGAUGCGAUGAGUUAGAAGCUAGUUUGGAACAAAUGAGUAAGGAGUACGAAGCUUGUGAAGAUUAUUGGCAGAACAAAGUCAACGAAGAACGUCAACUGUUUGAGGAAGAACAACGAAUUUCUGAUGAUAAAUUCAACGAACUGUUGAAGAAGAUGGCCGAGUAUGAGGAACAGUUUGCCGGACAAGGAAGCAGCAAAGUUGAGGAUGGUAGGCUUUCGCCUAUCGAGGAAAAAGAUAUUCUCGAACAGCAGUAUCUGGAUCUGGAGCUGGAACUGCAGCACGCUCAACUGAUGCUUGAGGAGAAGAGUCACGAAGCUGAUAAACUUCGUAGUCGAAUUACCGAGUUCGAACAGUUGGCUAAAUAUUCGUCGGAAACAAUGCUUGCCACACCACCCCGGGUAGACACUCCGGAAAUGGAUAGUCCCGCGAGUUCGCCUAUUAGCUAUCUUAUGAAACAGAGCACCAUACAAGCACCGACUCGAGAUUAUCAGAAUCCCAACUGGUGUCAGCCUUUGAGUAGUGGUCCGGUUGAAGCAAUCAACAGUAUCGGCCAGAACGCUCCCCGUUCACCAAUUUCGCAUGCGGCGAUCGGGGGGGACGAGCUGAGCGUUGAUGAUGAUCCCGGCUUCAACCGUACCAUUUCUCCCAUUCAGAAACCGCUGAUGACGGCUACGGCCGCUACUUCGAAUAGCGAUGUGGCUUUCUGUGGAGGUGAACAUCAGGAUUUGGUCGAUUGCUCGGAUGUCUGCUCGAUUAAAUCUGCUCGGAGUGCGCACAGUUUGGCCUCCACACACAGCAUUCACAAAUCCGUAUCCCAAACCGAUGUGGCGAUGGUAAACCAAGAUCAACUGAAACCGUUACGGCUUAUGCAGCUCCAGCUGCAGGAUGAGAUCAAAGAACUAACACAACAACGGGACUGCUUGAAAAUGGAAUUUCAGCAGCUGUAUGAAGCGAAACCAAUACUGGCUGAAGCUUACACAAAGCCAGCCCAUCCGAAUCAGCGACAGAAGAUUCAACAUCUCGAGCAGAAAAUUCGGCAACAGCAGGCAAUGCUGAAGAGGCAACAGAUUUAUACGGAAGAUGUCCUGUAUCAAAUUUGGCAACAACAGCGUAACGAAAUCACUGAUUUACGCAAACAGUUAGAGGACCAACGCGUGCUAUUAUCCGAACAGGCGAACCGAUUGGCCAACAACGAUAGAUUGGCUGCGAAAAUGUACCUAGAGAAUGCGCAAUUGUUGGCAAAGGUGCACCGGUUGGAGCAGCAGAAAGUGCGUGCCCAGAUGAUGCAGCAGCUUUCGCAAGCGACGGCCAAUGUGCACCACCAGGCGGCGCAUCAUCAGAGUCAGCUCAGUGGAAUCGUGCCCGGUUUUCCCUAGUAUGCACUGUCGGGCCAGGGGAGUGUUUUAAUGUGUCAUAAUCGUAAGGUUGGGGUUUUAUUUUUGAGUAUCUACGAACCAUUGUUCUAUUGCUGGAAUCUUCGUGUCGCUUGGAGAAGCAAAAAGAUAAUGGUCAUGUUCCAAUUAUCGAACUAUUUCUAAAAAAAACGCACCAAAUUUAUUUAUUCUACUUAUUUGUAUCAAACUUGCAGACGUGAGAUCUGCAGAUUCUGCAUGUUGGAGUAAAAUACACAUAAUUUAUUUUAUACCUGAUUAGAUAGAAUUAAUUCCAUCCAGCGUUGUUGUAGCAUAUAUCAAAUUGUUGUAAUUAAUUUGUUUCGAGCAAACAUGCCCGUAUAUUUCGUCUAUUUCAACUAUGCUUGAAAAAUGUGCAAAAGCAACCUGAUAUAGUUAUUUUUUAAUCGAAACUAAAUCGCCUCAAAUCGACUGAAUAAUACAGCGGGCGAAAUUCUUUUAGCGCAGGUUCAUUUUGUUUUUCACGCAAAAUUUGUUAUUAAUUGAAAGCUCAAUAUUUUUAGUUGAAAGAUUGUUUGCAUUAAGAUUGUACAAGAACAUAAAAAGUUUAACAUGAACUUCAGUUUUUACAAAAUGCCGUGGAAAAGUUUUGAGACAGGAAAACAUAAAAUCCUUUCAUAUUUAAACGACAAUGCAGCCAAUAUUAAUUCAAUUACACGAAUAAUUGUACAAAUGGAAUGCAAAUAACAGUUUUACAAAAAACAGUGAGCUUUCGUGCAUUAACUAGCCAACAAAGUGAACGUGCGAAUUUGUAGGAAUUUCGCCCAUAAUCAUGGUACUAAAAUGUAAAAGACAAUUUGAUAAGUUCUGUGAUGAUUAACCAGCAGUUUUUGGUUGUUUAUACCUACUAAUAUAACAUCACGAUAUGAUUGUAAAUGAUUCGUUGGAAGAAGCGAUCGCUUCUACAUCGUGCUACGAAUUGGCCUUAUUGCGAACAGUUAACCGUCAUUGGUUUUUGUACGAACAUUGUGAGAGAGAAUUUCAAUGUAUGGAUUUACAGCACGUAUUUCACUAUUCGAAAUUGGGUUCCUACGUAGUAGUGGACGUGGCAUGUUCGAAAGAAUUGUAGCCUACUCCUACCACCCGCAGAGGAAACAUGCACGCCGAAAAAGAUACCUAUGCUAAAAUCAAUUAUGCUGUAGUGAUUCGAAGAAAAGAGAUUGGUAUGUUGUCGUUAGUGUUAUUAUAGCUAAUUAGGGAUAAAAUAAUAAAAGACAUAUGUAGCUAUCGUUAGAGCAAUCACCUGUGAAAAUAAACGGUAUCUAAAAAUA